AUGGCGGGAAACUCUAAGAAGAGAAUUUUGGCGGUCAUCAAAACAAUGUUCCUUCUCAGCCCCUCCAUAAUCCUCGGCCAAUUCUAUCUCCGCCGAAGGGUGAUGAAAGACAUGGCCCAAAGUAUCGAGAGUCUUAAACUCCAGACGCUCAAGGUUGAAAUUUCCACCGAAAGUUCAGCGGCUGACCUGAAGACCUUCUGCAUGUCAAGGAAGGCUCUAUCCAGAUCACAUUUUUCCGUACUUCUGAGGAGCGAUUUCACUAGCUCUUGGCCCAAGAUUUCCUCGCAUAUUUUGUCAGCCACGGAGUCUCGAUGA